UCGGAAUCUACUGGAAUCUGUCAAAAGUGGCGUUCUCUUCUGUCAAUAAAAUUCAAGUUCGUGAAUAUGAAAAUUCUUUAGUAAUCAUGUUAAUUUCAUCCGAUUUCUCUUGAGUGUGUGUUCUAACGAUAGUGCUUUAAGCGUGUUUUCUGCGGCAUAAACUUUUUGGUGCGGAUAAGUGCUGUAAAAAGAGAUUUUUCUCUUUCCUUUGUCAGGAACUGAACAAAGACAGAGGUCUUUGUUUGUAAACAAGUAAAAUACAACUUGUGUUUUUACCUUCAAAUUUUUGGUAGAUAGAUUGUCUGGCUAUAGUAAUAUAAGAUCUGUAAUGUACCCAUCGUAUUCUGAGGAUAAAAUCACUCUGAGGAUAACUGGCUAUAGUCUAUUACAUUCAAGAAGAAAAGGAAUAUUUUUGCACCCAAAAAUAAUGUUCAAGAACUUUAGAUCUCUCCUUCAAAGUCGAAUAAAUCUUUGUCCGCUACCAAAUCAUUUUUAAACGACUAUAUUGUAUUCAAACUCGAGUACCUGUGAUUAGGCUAAGUCCUUUUUAAACAAAAUAUUAAAAUAUUGGCAACCCAUAAAUAAGUGGCUUGCUUUGUUUGUGGCUGUGAUAUACCUAAAAAAAUACUACGAUGAAGCUAUUGGAGAGUUCACGAUUUGAAGCUUUGAACAGUGCCCUCGCAAUUGACUCUGGGGACUGCAAAAUUGUGGGAAGGGUUGAGAGCUACUCAUGCAAGAUGGCUGGGAAUGAGAAGCAGAUGUACAAGAAGUUCAACUCGGAACAGGGUAUGAACCCAAACGAUCUACAAGCCUUGAGUCCUCCACAGACUGGUGUAUCUCCUGGCCAAGGGCUUUACAGUCGCAGUAUCUCUGGUGACGAGGAAGGACCUCUAUGCGACACUAUCAGUCGCAAGACGCUCUUCUACCUCAUUGCGACGCUCAACGCGACGUUUCAACCAGAUUACGACUUCUCAGAUGCCAAGAGCCACGAGUUCAGCAAGGAACCUAGUUUACAGUGGGUGAUGAACUCAGUGGACAGCAACCUGAGCGCCACGGCCGGCGAGCAUUACCGCAAGAUGAGGGCUCAUCUGUGGGCCGCUAUAGACGACGAGGUCAACCUGCCGGAGUGUGAAAUAUUCAGUUACAAUCCGGAUUUGACGUCAGAUCCGUUCAGUGAAGACGGAUGCAUCUGGUCGUUCAACUAUUUCUUCUACAACAAGAAGUUGAAGCGUGUCGUCUUCUUCACAUGUCGGGCCGUCAAUCCGAUUUAUGCUCUGGACUCGGGCAUUGGGAGUGACUUUGCGAUGGAUGAAGAUGAAGAAGAUGCCUACCAGUAAAACGUUGAGAUGUUUUCGUAGCUUUGAGAUGUAUUUGGAUUCAUCUUUUAAUAAUUAGUACAUUAAAUUACUUAUACCUAUCAUUUUCAUGGUUUCGGUUUUUAAACAUUUUGCCCAGUAGUUAUCGUACUUUGAGGAGAAAGCUUCUGGUUUAUUUUGUAGUUUAUAAUUUAGUUUUGAUCUCAGACUAGGUUUUUACCUUUUUGCUAUCUCAGUCUAAGGAUAAAUCCAGUAGACAUAUAGUUUUACCAUACCGUAAGAUGAUGUUUUUAUUGAUGUCUGAUGUAUAUUAGGAUUUUGUUUAGCUGAGAAUUACCUAUUAACUUGUAAUUAUACUGUUGCCUCUGUCUUGGUUUGGAUACAUUAAAUGUCAAUUUGAAAAGAGGAAAGUAUGCAUUUCUGCUGUGAACAACAUCUCUCACUUGGAAGAAUAUAAUUUCAUAAACAGCUGUAUCAUGUUAAUGGUUUUUUCCUACAGUUACCUAACAAUGUACAUGUUCUCUUACUGAUUUGAGAAAACAAAGUAGCCAAUUCGCUUAUCAGCGAGACAGUGAUAAGAUAAGAUCUUUAUUUCUAUUAGGUAUUCUUUUGAAUACAUUGGAUAUGUCAGGUUACAAUAUAUAAUCUGACAAUUUUAACAUUGUCUCACUCUAAUUACUUUGUCUCACUCCAAAUCAGCUGGUCAGCUGUUGUACUGUUGUAAAACGAUUGAGAAAAGCCGUACGAAUGUAAUCUUUGCAGUAAAGUAUUUACAAUGUCUUGUAGCGUUUCUUUAUCAAUAUAUUUGUUUCAUGGUAACUGUAGGAAAAAUAUAAUGUGCAACUCGAGUGCAAAGUGGCCUCACUCGAGAAACCAUUCCUCACUCGCCUACGGCUUGUGAGUAAGGAUUUCUCUCGAGUGAGGCAAUUGCUCACUUUGCUCACUAGUUGCAAAAAUAACUAUUCUCUUGGCUGAUAAAGUUAAUAUUUGGCUUCUACCAAAAUUAUCCAGUUUUUCUUGUUUAAUAUUCUGUAAACUAUAUUCUCAUCCGUUACAAAGUUUACUCUAUAAACUGUAUUAAUGAGUAUCAAAACUUUAAAUUGUAAAGUUUGUUUAAGGAUUAAAAAUUUACAGUUUAAGUGGUAAACUCAAUUGCAAUUUGUAUAGUUUUCACAGUUGAAUGGGUACCCUGUUAAAUGCUUGAUAACACUUGUGAACAAAACAAUACAGUUGAUUUUAGCUGCAUUUGUGUUUUCAUAUUUUAUUUUUCCACAUUAUGUUUUCAUUUUUGAAAACACUAGGUGCUUUCAGGACUUAGCAAAACAACAUUCUAAUGUACAAAUGAGUGCUUAAAAGAAAAUUAGGCCACCACUGUAUUUGCUUUCGAAUGGAGUUAUUAUUCAUAAAACACAAAAUAUUUCAAAUGAACUAAGAUGUAAAAUAGACCAAGAGUAAAAUAAAUGUCAGUCAUAAACAUUAAAAAAAAUAUUCUCGGCUUAAAGAUUGGUGGUGGAGUUAUAUUCAAUAUUCAUGUAUCUGAGUCAUUUUAGUACUACUUAUUUUGGUAUGGAAUUGUUAAUUUAAUUUGUACAUUCAUUUAUUGGUCCUCUAUAAAGUAGUCCACAAGAGAUUGUACAGAGGAAAGUGGUUUUUCACAACCUAACCGCUAAAGUAUAUUGGUAUACAUUGACUCUUGUUUUCUGUCUUUUCUAAAAUGUACAUAUUAUGACUUGUAAAUGUAGCCUUUGAUUGAUAAACAAUUUAGUUUUUUCUAAAACUAAUCUAAAAAUAUUAAUCAUAUACUUUUAUGAAAAAAUUUGUUUCAUUAAGGUAAUUUAUACCUUGAUUUGUUGUAAACUGAUGAAAAAUAGGCCCGGUAGUGUUAAAAUAAUAUUAAUCUCAUUUACAGUUAGCAGUUAGUCUCAUUAUCUUAUUAACAGUUUUUAAUUUUUUUUCUAUUUAGAAAACAUCAGUUUUUAAUAUUAUCACUAAUUUUGGUUGACUGAAAUUAAUGCAGUAUUUAAAGUGUUGGUCCCACCUACUAACAAACUAGGUUAAGAUUUAGUUGUAAAUAUAUGUCUAACAAUAUUUGCACGGUGUUGUUUCUCAAUUUUUAGUUCUCGCCACUUACUACAGGUUUUAAUCAAAUAUUUUAAUAAUAUGAAUGUAAUUUUUGUUCUGAAAUUAACUUUUUUUCACUGAUUUCCUCAACAUAUUUCCAACUAAAAAAUGUAAAACUCAAGUUGAUUCUUGAGAAAUGUAAGUAGGCAAUGAUCUUAUAGGAUAAGAUGUGUUAGGCUUGAAUGAGACUGCGAUUUCUUCAACUGAACAAAGUUUUUGGUUAAGUAAUUUACAAUUGUUUGUACCUUAUUGUACUUUGUAACCCGUCAGUGUUAAAAUACCUUCUGUUUGAAACCAUCAUGAAAUAUUAGUUUCAAUCUAUGAUAAGGGUAACUGUAAACCCUGAAUACAGUUGUAGUAUGGAUGGUUUAAAUUAGUAGGUCCAAACAAUUUCUCAAUGGCGUUGGUUCGUUUUUUAUUUAACAUUUGUAAUAAUGAGACUUCACUUCACAGUUAUAUGUUGUUGCAAGUAUUAGUGUAGUGGUGAUUAUUAUGUAAUCAAAUAUGUUAUGAUUUCUUGAAAUAAGUAAAAAAAAAAAAACACAUCACACGAACUUGCGAAAGGUUCACAAAAAAAUGUUUUACCAUUGGAAAGUUAAUUUUUACUUUGAAUUUAAAAGAAGAUAUUAACACAAUCAUAAAAAUGUGACAAUACGUGCACGUAAUACGGUUUUCAGUAAAAAGUAUUUCCCACAAUUUUUCAUGUAUAACAUAUAGGCACUAUGAACAAUAUCAGUGGCAUCUCACAAAACCACUAUGAAAUAGAUUUUGACUACCAAAAAACUAUGCACUGAUCUGAAUGUACAUUGAAAAUUAUCCGUCUUAUCGUAGUGUGUACACAAUGUUUAAAUAUGUAAUAUUACCAUACACCGACUUCUGAUACUUUAUGUACAUAAAGAAAGUUAUUUAUCAGAGUUGUAUAGUUCAGAGAGAGAUAGAUGGAUUACUUUAUUUGUAACCUUGUGUAAUCCUUCUGCAUAUGUUAUCUGUGCAGUUUUAACAUUUUUAGAUUACGUAUUAGAAUAAAUCUUAG